GCAUUUCCGAGGGAGAUUCUCCUGGCGAUCCGGCUUCGGUCCCGGCCAGUAGCCGUUCAUACCGGACUUCACUUAGUCUGAGCCUUCGAGCUGCGGGACUACGUACCCGCACUCAUCACAAAGCGGCGCCCUCCCGUCCUCCGUCGUUUUCUUUCUAUCUUGAUUAUUUCUUGCCGCAAUGACUACAGAUCCAUCACCUUCGCCACCGCGGGUGCUACAAACUCAUGAUGAAAUCGUAUCUGCUUUCUCAUUAAUGCGUGACGAGCUAGAUGAACACAACGAUCGCCGUGAGCGACUUGUCAAGACUAGUCGGGACAUCACUAUCAUUGCCAAGCGUGUCAUCUUUCUCCUACACCGACUCGUAACAGAGGCCUCUCCGACCGACCCUAAUGCCUUCACUUCCGCAGCCGCACAGGGGCGUGACAAGCUCGUCGCUGCACAGAAGCUGUUCCGCAGUAUGCGUGAAGACCUCGAGGGUUCUCGCUUUUGGCACUACCAGCAGGCCAUAUCUCCUGGACUACAGGAAUAUAUCGAGGCCCUUGCAUUCGCCCACUAUGUAGAGACUGGGAGGCUCAUCGGCUAUCACGACGUGCAAAAUUCCUUAUGUUGCAAUGAUGAUGAGAAUAGGAAGGAAAACGUCAAGCUGUUCCCGCUGCCGAUGGAUGACUAUUUGCUUGGUGUGUCAGAUGUAACGGGUGAACUAAUGCGUUUUGCUAUCACGGCAAUCGGGAGGCGCGGUGGUCGCGGGACAGCACGCGCCGUCUCUGAUUUCGUGAGGAAUUGCAAAGCAGAUUUUGAGGGCUUUACGCCCUAUGUGCGGCAUCUAGGGAAGAAGCAGUCGGUCACGGCGCAGUCUUUGCAGAAAAUCGAAGACACAGCGUAUGCGAUUGCGGUCAGGACAUCAGAGUACGAUUUGCCAGAAGACAUGCUGGACGAUAUUGUUGAGCACUGCGUUUCUGAUGUGAGAAGGGGAGGUAGUUCCGGACGAGGACGACAACGAUUUGGCGGGGGCGAAUACGAAGAGGAGUCGGAAGAAGAUUACUGAAACGGGCGCGCUGGGGAGAGGAGGUUAGCUACAGUUCCCACCGAUAGGUUAUUGUGUGUUCUGCCCGUCGCUAACGGGCAGCAGAGAAGCAGAGCGAAAAGACAGUGUACAAUAAGAAAUACAAAGUGCUAUGAAG